AUGAAAGAUCUUGGAGUGUUGAAAUAUUUUUUGGGGCUAGAGGUAGCCCGGAACAAACAGGGAAUUUUUAUUUUCCAGAGGAAGUAUGCAUUGGAUAUAAUCACUGAAGCAGGUUUACUUGAUGCUAAACCUGCAGAGUUCCCUAUGGAACAAAAUCACAAGUUAGCACUAUCUCAGGAAGAGUAUUUUCAUGAUAUUGAGAAAUAUUGUCGCCUCAUAGGUCGACUGAUUUAUUUGUCUGUUACGAGACCCGAUUUAGCAUAUUCAGUUCACAUUUUGUCACAGUUUAUGCAAAAACCCAGGAUUGAUCAUUGGGAAGUAGCUCUGCGAGUUGUUAGAUAUUUGAAGAAGAGUCCGGGACAGGGAUGUCCUCUAUCCCGACGGUCUUUGGGUGGUUGGUUUGUGCUUCUUGGUUUGUCCCCUGUAUCUUGGAAAACCAAGAAGCAGCCUACUGUAGCUCUCUCUUCGUCAGAAGCAGAAUAUCGUUGUAUGAAUGCGACGACUUGUGAAUUAAAGUGGUUGAAGCGACUACUUGGUGAUUUAGGUGUUCGACAUGAGAAUGAGAUGCACCUUUAUUGUGAUAGUCAAUCUGCGUUAUACAUUGCGCAGAAUCCAGUGUUUCAUGAACGAACAAAACAUAUUGAGUUAGAUUGUCAUUUUGUUCGGGAUGCGAUUACAGAUGGGACGAUUAUACCCUCGUAUGUUCCUAUGACGGUUCAGUUGGCCAACAUUUUUACAAAAGCUUUGGGAAAAGCUAAAUUCGAGUUUCUACUUCGCAAGUUGGGUGUCCGAGAUCCGUACUCUCCAACUUGA